UCGAAGCAGCUCCUGACUGCAACAUGAACGGACUAACUCUCCUGCAGCUUCUCACUGUCUGUGUGGUCAGUGAAGCAUCGUCCGAAGCCCUGUGGCAGUUUGCGAAUAUGAUCGUUUGUGUUCAGCCUAAUGUGAAUCCUCUGCAGUUCAACGACUACGGCUGCUACUGUGGCAUUGGUGGAUCGGGGAAACCAGUGGAUGACUUGGACAGGUGCUGUCAGACUCAUGAUAAUUGUUWCGGAGAUGUUGAAAAGAACUGCUCGUCUUCCACCCUGAUGCUCUUCAUUCAGGUUUACAAUUACGCCUGUACCAGCAAAACUGUCACCUGCACAGGCACCAACAAUCCGUGCCAGGCAGCUUUGUGUGAGUGUGAUCGAGCUGCAGCUCACUGCUUCAGCCAAACUCRGUUUCACCCCGAACACAAGCAUCUGGAUCCAAAACUCUGUCAAUAAAAUCUCACUUUAAGACAA